CCCUUACAAGUCUCCCACCAUACCGCAACCAACUGCCACAUUAUCAACCGCAGUAUCCGCACAUCACCCAUCCGCGAAUAACAGCUACCCCGCUUUCAAAGCACAUCCUCACUCUAUACCGACAAUCAUGUCUACAGACGCCGCUGCCACCGAGAAGGACCAGAUCUCCCUCACCACCUCUGACAAUGCCGUCAUGAGCGUGCCCCGCAAGGUCGCCGAGCGCUCCAUCUUGAUCAAGAACUUGCUCGAGGACUUGGGCGGCGAGACGUCUGAGUCGAUCCCCAUCCCCAACGUCAACGAGCCGGUCAUGAAGAAGGUCCUCGAGUGGUGCGACCACCACAAGGACGACCCCCCGGCCACCCAGGACGAUGACUCCGACUCGCGCAAGAAGUCCACCGACAUCGACGAGUGGGACCAGAAGUUCAUGCAGGUGGACCAGGAGAUGCUCUUCGAAAUCAUCCUCGCGGCCAACUACCUCGACAUCAAGGCGCUCCUCGACGUCGGCUGCAAGACGGUCGCCAACAUGAUCAAGGGCAAGUCCCCCGACGAGAUCCGCAAGACCUUCAACAUCCAGAACGACUUCACUCCCGAGGAGGAGGAGCAGAUCCGCCGCGAGAAUGAGUGGGCCGAGGACCGUUAAGUGGUUGCCCUUGUCCCCUCUCUCGGUCGCGUGUCCACACGCUCGCGGCAUUCAGCGGCUGGCGCUUGCUGCGAUUGCCCGGAGUUCUGGCGUUUUUUCAGUCACGGCAUCCUUCGGUUUAGUGUUAGCUAGGCCUUGCAUGGAAGGAGGGCUUGUUCGGUAGUCCCGAAUUUCACUUCCCGGUUCGAGCAAUCGCCUUGUACAGCAUAUGAUGUGGCUUACUCUGCUCUCGUGUAUACGUAGGCCAGUGCCUCAAAAUGAAUUAUUUGAAAAUAACCAGUAA